AUUUGAGAUCUAUCAACACAGACAACAAUAUAUUAUCCAGAGCAAGGCACAUCGUGACCGAAAACAAGAGGACCACUGACGGAGCGCAAAUGCUCAAACAAAUGAACUACAAGAAGUUUGGAGAACUGAUGACGGAGAGUCAUUAUUCGCUCAAAAAUGACUACAGCGUGUCAUGUUCGGAACUAGAUACCUUGGUUGAACUGGCUCUCGAAGUUGAAGGAGUUCUGGGUAGCAAAAUGACCGGGGGUGGAUUUGGAGGAUGUACUGUUACUUUGGUAUAUGCACAUGUAGCAGAAAAAGUGAUAGAGAACAUAACCAAGAAAUAUAAAGGAAAUCCAACUUUCUACAUCUGCAAACCAAGUCAAGGAGCAUCCAUACUAUGAUAUUUUUUUAUUUCAGUUUCAUGAAUGAUAGAUCAAUAAAAUAGAAUAAUUAUUAUGAA